AUGUGAAGCCCGCGGUGAUAAGCCUGCAGCCGGUGGCCUCAGAGGCAGCAACGGCAGCGUCGGAGAGCGGCGGCCUUCCCAGCUCCUCCAACAGUGUAGCCGUCCAAAAGAGGCACAAAGCCAGAGAGCAUAAGAGGGUUUACCGCUGCUCCCUCUGCAGUAAGGUCUUCCAGAACAGCAGCAACUUGAACCGACACGUCCGAUCCCACGGUGAUAAGCUGUUCAAAUGCGAGGAAUGCGAUAAGUUAUUCAGCCGUAAGGAGAGUCUGAAGCAGCACAUUUCCUACAAGCACAGCAAGAAUGUGCCCGACCAGGAGUACAAAUAUAAAUGUAACACGUGUGAGAAAUCCUUUCGCAUGGAAAACGCCUUAAAGUUCCACAACUGCCGGACAGAUGACAAGACGUUCCAGUGCGACAUCUGCUCUCGGUUCUUCUCCACCAACAGCAACCUCUCCAAGCAUAAGAAGAAGCACGGCGAGAAGCUCUACUCCUGCGAGAUCUGCAACAAAAUGUUCUACCGCAAAGACGUGAUGCAGGAGCACCACAGGAGGCACAGCGUGGGCCCCAAACAGAUGAAGAAGGAGGAGCUAGAGGCUAACGGAGAAGAAGGGACCAAGUACAGGAAGGAGCCGUCUCCUUGUCCCAUCUGUGGGAAGGUUUUCUCCUGCAGGAGUAACAUGAACAAGCACCUGCUGACUCAUGGGGAUAAAAAGUACACCUGUGAGAUCUGCGGACGCAAGUUCUUCCGUGUGGACGUCCUCCGGGACCACAUCCACGUUCACUUCAAGGACAUCGCCUUAAUGGACGAGCAGGAAAGAGAGGAAUUCAUCAAGAAGAUCGGCAUCUCGCCGGAAGACAGCGACGAAACGGACGAGGAGGACGAUCCCGAGCAUCACAAGUACAACUGCAAGAAAUGUCAACUGUCGUUUGCCAGAGGCAAAGAUUACCUGAAACACAUCAUGGAGCAACACAAGGAGAAAGGCCACAGCUGUGGGAUCUGCAACCGCCACUUUGCCCUUAAGGCAACGUACAACGCUCACCUGGUCAUCCACCGAGAGCAGCUGCCUGACCCCGCCGUGCAGAAGUACAUCCAUCCCUGUGAGAUGUGUGGUCGGAUCUUUAACAGCAUCGGCAACCUGGAAAGACACAAGAUUAUCCACACAGGGGUAAAGAGCCACGGCUGCGACAAAUGUGGCAAAUCAUUCGCCAGGAAGGACAUGCUGAAGGAACACCUCAGGGUUCACGACGACAACCGGGACUACCUGUGUGCCGAGUGUGGCAAAGGAAUGAAAACCAAACACGCUCUGAGGCACCACAUGAAGCUGCACAAAGGCAUCAAAGAGUACGAGUGUAAAGAAUGUAACCGCAAGUUUGCCCAAAAGGUCAACAUGCUGAAACACUACAAGAGACACACAGGUGUUAAGGACUUCAUGUGUGAAUUAUGUGGAAAGACGUUCAGUGAGAGGACGACCUUAGAGACACACAAGCUUAUCCACACAGUGGGAAAGACGUGGAAAUGUGAACACUGCGAUAAGAAAUACCUGACAGAAUACAUGCUGCAGAAGCACAUUCACCUGACCCACGAGAAGGUGGAGGCCCAGUCCUGUCAGUUGUGUGGGACCAAGGUGUCGACCCGCGCUUCCAUGAACCGCCACCUGCGUCGCAAACACCCAGAGCUGGCUCCUGUGAGAUUCGACGAGUUUGAUGAUCUUCAGGAAAACUCAGGCGUCAGUAAUUCAUCCAUCAGUAUCGAACAGCCCACCCUGUCCUUAGAGAAGGACAGCGUGCCCCCAGAGAAGCCGGUCCGACCCCCCCGGCACUCCAAGAAGAGGCAGAGAGUCGCGGUGGAGCCGGAGCUCUCGGAGUCCGACGACUACGCCGACUUCACAGAGCAGAGGCACACGGAUAUGUCUGAGUUUAACACCGUCAUCGUUGGUGAUGAAACGGAAACCAGCUCUGCUGUGCAGAGCAUCCAGCAGGUGGUGGUCCUGGCAGACCCCAACGCCCCAUCAGUCCCCUCCGCCAGCAGCUCGGUCGGACUGACCAACAUCACCGUCACCCCGAUCACCAGCCAAGCCCAGUUCACCAGCCUGCAGCCGGUGGCCGUGGGCCACCUGACCGCCACCGACCGGCCGCUCACCUUGGACAACUCCAUCCUCACCGUCACCUUUGACACGGUCAGCGGCUCCGCCAUGCUCCACAACCGACCCACCGAACUCAUCCCAGAGACGGUGGGCCCCAGCGGCGCCCCGGCGCCGCAGUCUGUGGCACAUUUCAUCAACCUCACCACUCUGGUUAACCCCAUCAGCCACCAGCUGGAGGCGCCCGCUCUGGCCUGGAGGCAGGUACCGGUGCCUGAAGGCAGCCAGGUGACCCACAUGGCUGGGGAGACUGAGGGGGGCCAUAACCAGGGUCCAGAUCCGGGCCAGAGCAGCCAGGCUGCCUCCCAGCAGCAGCAGAGCGGCUCGGCUCAGCAGAUGUUCGGCUACUGAGCCCAUCCUGGAGGUGCAGGUCGCCUCACACCCAAACUCUGCCGCACAGAAGAUGGAAAUCCUUCUUUUCUGUAACACACCGCUGUCCGUCAGAUGCCUCUCCUGUCCGGUGGAAGUUCAAGCUUUUGGUUUCCUUUUAUUCUGACAGAACCAUGCAGCUGCUAAUCAAGCAUGCGGGAAACGGUACGACGGGCCAGAAUCCCUGACAGUGGAAACCAAAGCUAACCCCUCAGACAUCCAGCCUUAUAAAGCAUGCCUGUGGUUCACGUAAAUGUAUGAAAAGUGUUUCAAAAGAAAGAACUUUAUGUUAAAGUUUACUGAUGAAAUCUUAUUUUUCUGAUCCAUGUUAACUGUGGUCUUUGUUUAUCUAAAAGAAAGUUGUUUUUCUGUUUUUCAUUUCUGUUUCUCUGGAGCUGUCAAAUUCACGAACUCUGCACCAAAGCUUUUCACUUUGCACCGAUUUCACAGGAAAUUUACAUUUUAUUUUAAAUAAAUAGGUGAAAACUAGGAUUAUAUGGGACAGGUGUCCUCCCAUUUGGCAUAGAGAGGACAUUAUGUUCAACUUGAUGACUGAAAACCAGAAUCCUCAUCACUCAAUUCAGUUCAUUUACAUAUCGCCGAUGCACAGAUCAUCUUAGGGCACUUUACAGAGACCGUUCAAUCACUUCGAACAAUAAAAAGUUUUCUGUCUAAAGAAAACCAGCUGAUUGUAUCGACUCAUUGACUGACAACAGUGUUUUCGUCAACGAUGAUGAAAUUAUUUCGUUGACGCCCCAUUUUUUUCAUGACGAUAACGAAAACUGACAAGCUAAACGUCAAUCUUUGAUGAAAAAAACAUGUUGAGUCAUAGGUGUGAGAUUUCGUUGUUGGGACAUAACUAUAUAGAAAUGUUAGGGGGUAUUCUGUCACAUUUAAAAAGCAUCCUUGUGCUGUAAUCUGCUUAGCAGUAUCAGCAGAGCUGCGGCGUCCUGUUUGGUCACGCCGCCCGCCUGGCGUUCAGCGGUGCACAUUCUGCGUGACCACAGAUGGAUCAUGGCAGCAGCGGCUGGGAUGAAAUUAAUCUGGAAUGGUGCGGUGCUGUGCACUGAACUCUGACAAACCGUUUGUGCUUGUGCAAAAAAUGCAUCUUUGCACACGCUAGCUCAGAGUCCACUCUGAUGGUUCGUUCUGAGCAGUAUGGCUCUUCCUGCCCUCGCUACCUGAUAAACUAUAUGUGGCUGAUCAUCCUCUGCUAAGCAUAAAAAAACCCAGCUCACAAGAUGUGAUGCUAAACAUUUCUACCAAAAGGAAUUCCUAAAUUAUAUACAAAGCAAAUAUUUCAUUGCUUUCUGUUUAUUUUUGGAUAAAGACCCAAAUGAAAAGGUACAUCGUUAAAUAUUGUUUUUAUUUCUAUCUAUUUUGAUAUUUCAACAUUUUAGUUCACAUAUUGUUGACAUGUAGGUCUGGAUUGCCAUGGCGUUACACGGCAAUUAUGUAGGUUCUCUUUUUUUAUAUCCAAACCCUGUGAAUUUAAAUCUACUUUGACCCCUUAGCAGCUGUAACCGAGGGGUACAUUUUUCAAAAUAAAACCAAAUUGCCAAAGUAGA